AUGAGAAUAUUUACUAUUCCCCUAGUCGUGUCAGUGGUGGCCCAAGAAGCGGAUGUCAACAAGUGUCGGUACUUUUUUAAUGUGGCUAAGGACAAACUUGUGAACCCGUCGAACUCUGAGUGGUGUUCUUCGCAAUGCGCUGAGCAGAAGCCGCGUUGUCCUUCGGGCAUGCCGGCUAUUGACUGUGUAAAGGUCAGAUUGUCUGGAUGCAGGCUGAUUGAUGAUGAUGAUGAUGAUGAUGAUGAUGAUGAUGACGAUGAUGAUGAUGAUGAUGAUGACGAUGAUGAUGAUGAUGACGAUGAUGAUGAGAAGGAGGAGGAAGAUAUUGAGAAAUGUGAGACAUUCUAUUCUGUAGGCAAAUACAAGCUCCCGGACCCCUCGUUGCAUGAAUAUUGUGAGGACCAGUGUGAAGAGCAAAGGCGCAACUGUCCGGUGAGCAUGCCUGCCAUUGACUGCGUAAAGCUCAAGGUGCCACAAUGUCGUAUAGUGGACCAAGAAGUUGACCACAGUACCAAGCCAAUGGCAAUAUCGACCGCGACGUCAACGAGGGGGACUACGGGUCCUGGUAGGACUACCGCCGGCAGCACGGCGUCGAAGAGUACCUCGUUGGAUACGAGCGUGAACCUUGACAUUGAAAAAUGCAGGACCAGCUUUACUGCUGGAUAUAAGUUUCCGAUUUCUUCCCAGUCACAGUUCUGCCACGACCAAUGUUUGGCUCAGAGAUCGAAGUGUCCCUCUAGCUUGUCUGCUAUCACGUGUGUGAAGAUACGGGUACCGGAGUGCAGACUGAUGAACAUAGCUGAAGUCGCAGCAGAUCCAUACGUAACGAACGCGUGA